CUCUUCCUCGCACAAUCUUUAUUUGGAUCUACUCGCAGCGUACCUUCACUGUGGUCUACUAUUCCAGGGCUUUUGGAUCAGUUUCUGCUCCUGUUCGUCUCUCACAUCAAAGUUAGUCUAGCCAUGAAUCAGUUCUCGCCUCAAAGUUCAGACACGGUCUGUGAAUCGACUCCCAGGAGUCACAGUGAUACCGAAUCCCCGUCGCUGGAUCUACACCGCUCAGACAACUAUAUAUGAAACUUCUGGCCAUUCUUCGGCCGCCUCCGCCGACAGAAAUUUCGCACCUGUUCAUCGCCGCUGACAUUGACAUUGACUGUACUCCACAAGUCCUGCAACCACCUGGACUUUCCUCGCUCCUUUCAUCUCGCUCUGUAUGGGUCUCUCAACAAGCUUUAGACGGUGGAAUGGCGAUGAGACAUGCUAUAACAGAACAAAAGGGUGGCCGUCUUCUUUCUCAGUGCAGAGCUGUUCAGACGGAUGAUUCGUUACGACACAUGCUGAAAUCCUGCUUCAGUCUCUCCCGCACAUUUGUCUCGUCCUCAUGGAUGAGCAACUCAUUAUCGCCAUCAUCCAAUGCGCUCGUCAGUCGCUGAUGGUGCUUCGGCGUCGCUCAAUGCCUGUUUGUCGACUUGCAGUCAGCUAUGUAUCGUUCUAGCGAUAAGCAACCUGAUAAGAAUUGGCUUCGUGAGAGCAGUAGGGUGUUGGUUUCCCUCCUUGUUAUCGAUGGAAUCUCGAGAAGGCGCUAUAAAGCAUCCGUUUGCGAUGCGAUAGCGCCUUAUAAUGAAAGGAAGGGCGC